AUGGCCGUCACCCGCUCCCUCCGCCGAAACAACACCAUCACCUACGUCCUCGCCGGCGGUCUCUGUCUCUUCUUCCUCUACUUCUUCUUCGGCGACACCACUUCGAUACCACAAUUACCGGCCUACGCAGCUGGCGCCGCGAGACAUGUCCUCAAGAGUAAAGACGCCGCGCCCAAUGAACUUUCGCCUCCUUCAUUACCCUUCCGGAAACCGGCGAAGUUGGCUGAGGGAGAGCGAGCAGCGCCCCCGCCGGUAGUGCAUUACCACAUGAAUAAUGUGACCAUCACCAGUGAUCCUGUGGGAAACAGGGAGAGCAUACUCAUCCUAACGCCCUUGGCAAGAUUUUACGACGAGUAUUGGGAUAAUCUAGUGAAGCUCUCCUUCCCACACGACUUGAUAUCUCUGGGUUUCAUCAUACCCAAAGGACGAGAAGGAAAUCUGGCGACACAGCAAUUACAGGCUCGGAUAGAGAAGACACAGGCGCCUACGAACAAGAACCGUUUCGCUUCGAUCACGAUCUUAAGGCAGGAUGAGGAGCCUACGAUCUUGCAGGAUGAGAAGGACAGACAUGCCUUGUCCGCGCAGAAGGAAAGAAGAGCAGCCAUGAGCAGGGCGCGGAAUGCCCUCCUAUUUACCACCCUCGGCCCAACCACGUCCUGGGUAUUGUGGCUGGAUAGCGAUAUCAUCGAGACACCACCUAGUCUGAUCCAGGACCUGGCUAGUCAUGAUAAGCCUCUGAUUGUACCGAAUUGCUUUCAGCGGUAUCAUAACAAGGACAAAGACGCCAUGGAUGUGCGGCCUUAUGAUUUCAAUUCUUGGGUUGACUCGCCGACCGCGAAGGAGUUGGCGGGGAAGAUGGGGCCGGAGGAGAUUAUCUUGGAGGGUUAUGCGGAGAUGGCAACGUAUAGGAGUCUGAUGGCUUAUAUGGCUGAUCAGCAUGGCGAUGCGAGAACGGAAGUCGAUCUUGAUGGUGUGGGUGGGACGGCGCUUUUGGUAAAGGCAUAUGUGCAUCGCGACGGAGCUAUGUUCCCUCCAUUCCCGUUCUAUCAUCUCAUCGAAACGGAAGGGUUUGCGCGUAUGGCAGCGAGACUGGGGUGGAAGGCCACUGGUCUGCCGAACUACUUUGUGUAUCAUUACAAUGAGUAG